UGACGAUGUGUUAUAAGACCCAACCAGAUGUUCGUCAGUGCCUUUUUCGGAACUUUGCCCAAUGAUAAAGACGUGUCUUUCUUUUCUCGCGUUUUGUUGUCAAAGUUAGAUUAUAAUGAAGGGGUUCUUUUAAACGAGAAUAAGAUCCCUUCUUUUCCGUAUUUCGCUUUUUUUGUAACUUACAGCUCUAUUCAUGUACAAAAGUUUCUUUAUACAGAAGAUUAGAUCUAUUAAAGAAAAGCAUAAGAAACAGGUUAAAAGGAACCCAUUUG